AUAUGUCAUCAAGAGAAAUUACCACGCGCCAGAUCGACACGCGAUCUUUUAUUUGUUAUUAAUUCGCAUUGGAGAUUGCAUCAUUCUCCAAUUCAGUAAAGAAAUUUUCAUUGCACAAGAAUCACUGACAAGAUAAUAAUUCAUACGUCCAAUAACUGGAUUUUAUUUCAAACGUCAAUUUUUUUUCCUGACAAUUAUUAUAUUGGAGUGCGAUUAAAAAAAUUUUUCGAUAAGUAAUAAGUAUAUCGAGCAAUUAAAUAAAUAAAGAUGGCACCCAAGAAUAAGGAGAACACGAGUAACCGCAGAAAAAAAGGAAGUGAUGAUGAUGACGAUGUUGAUUAUCGCCGACGACGUGAUAGAAAUAAUCAGGCAGUUAAAAGAUCGAGAGUAAAAAGUAAAUUAAGAACACAGCAGACCUUAGAACGUGUUAAUCAAUUAAAAACAGAGAAUGAAUUGUUGGAAGAAAAAAUAAAAAUGCUGAGCAAGGAAUUGGGUUUUUUGAAAGAUUUAUUUUUAGCUCAUGCAGGUACCAAUUCAAAUCCCGCAAUAAAUCUUCAGGAUAUAGACAUAAAUGCAAUUUUAGCAAAUGAUUCAGAAUCUGAUUUCAAGAGUAAUACGAAGGUUGAUACGUAAUUUUUAUGACAUUAAUUAUUAAUGAAAGAGCGUGAAAAUAAUUGAGUCUAUCUGCGAAUCAUGUUAUUUUAUGAUGAUGAUGAUGAUUCCGGUUAGAGAUAUGACUGUCUUUGUGCGGCAAGUUGUGCAUCUUGAAACGAUGCCAAUUUUGGUGAUUGAGUUUGGCAUGGCGUGCUCUAAAUUUUUAUUACAUUCAAUUUGAUAAAUCAACAACAACAACAAAAACAACAAAUAAUAUAUUUUAAAAAAAUAAACAAAUAUAAUAUUUAAACUUCCGCACGCUAAAACUACUUUAUGAGUACUUACUAUACACAUAUUUAUUAAAACAUGUGAGAUUACAUUUGCCAUUAGUGUCCAGGUGGAAUUUUAUUAGACAUUAGAAAAUCUUAAAUAUUAUACAAAAAUCUUUAAAUAUUUUAAUUAAUAUACAUUGUAUAUUAUAUAAGUAAACAUAGUUUAUUAUAAAUAAAUAUAUUUUUUAAAUA